AUGGGGGUUCAGAACCUCUACGAGAGGCUCGACAGAAUGGCCGAGCUGGGUCCCAUGUGGAUAGACGUUACAUGGGGGGCUGGAGGGUCUUCCUCUUCCUCCAACAAAACCUUCGAGAUCUGCCGCAACGCCCUCACCUAUCACGGUCUGGACGUGAUGAUGCACCUCACAUGCACCCAACAGUCAGUGGAGGAGAUUGAUGAGGUCUUGGACAAGUGCAAAGAGGUUGGAAUACGGAAUAUCCUAGCGUUGAGAGGUGAUGCCCCGACGCAAUCAAGUGAAUGGAGGGCGUGCCAAGGAGGAUUCUCCCACGCCGUCGAUCUAGUACGCCACAUACGAGGCAAAUACGGCGACUACUUCUGCAUAGCUGUUGCUGGAUACCCUGAAGGGCAUCUAGAAGCCGAAUCGAUUGAGGAGGACUUGGUGCAUCUCAAGGAGAAGGUGGACGCCGGGGCGGACCUCAUCAUUACUCAACUUUUUUAUGACACGGAAGUGUUUUUCAAAUUCGUAGCGGCCGUCCGGAAGUUGGGCAUACAAGUACCCAUUUUCCCUGGGAUAAUGCCGAUACAGAGUUACUCGGGCUUCAAAAAGAUGACCGAAUUCUGUAAAACUAAAGUGCCGAGGGCGAUAGCGGAUCAGUUAGAGCAAGUAAAGGGCGAUGAUCAGAGGGUGAAGGAUCUUGGAGUGGAGAUAUGCGUGGCUAUGUGCUCGCAAAUCAUGUCCUAUGGAGUUGACCAUACUCAUUCCAGUGGGGGACUGCAUUUCUACACGCUCAACCUGGAGUCCUCCGUCUGCCGUAUUAUUGAACGCCUCAUGAUGGUCGACAACCACGUGGCCACCAGGGUUCUUCCGUGGCGGCCUUCCAAGGCCUCGUCUCGACAGGAGGAAAACGUGAGGCCAAUCUUCUGGAGAAAUCGACAGAAGAGUUUCAUCCAGCGGACCAGCAGCUGGGAUGAAUUCCCCAACGGCCGUCUUGGCAACCAGGCCUCCGCUGCUUAUGGUGACUUUGAAUUGAAUUUCCGUUCCUAUUCUAAGGAGACUCAAGAAAAGGUGGCUGCCGAUCGACGGCGUAUGUGGGGGGAUCAUGUCCCCAAUGGAGACCAUGUGAGGCGAGUUUUCACGGACUUCAUCAAGGGCGAAGUGAAGCGGUUGCCGUGGUGCACAGAACCUCCAACGGAAGAGACGCUUUUCAUCCAGAAGCAGCUGAUUCGACUAAAUCAAUGCAACAUGCUCACUAUAAACAGUCAACCUCGUGUGAAUGGCGCCCUCUCCACUGAUCCUUAUGUCGGUUGGGGCCCGGCAGGGGGCUUCGUCUAUCAGAAGGCUUAUGUCGAAUUCUUCUGUCCAGAGGGUCAGCUCGAGCAGCUCAUCAGAGGAAUCGAGGCCGAGAAAUACGACUCGAUAUCGUACAUGGCAGUGACGGCUGACGGGUCCAAAGUGAGGUCUAACAUCCCUCCUCAAGGACAGGUCAACGCCGUUACCUGGGGAGUGUUCCCCAAUAGCGAGAUCAUACAGCCUACGGUUGUGGAUGUGACCAGCUUUAUGGCUUGGAAGGACGAGGCAUUCGCUUUGUGGAAUGAGUGGAUGGAUGUCUACCCUGAGGAUGAUCAUCAGUCCAGACAGGUUCUGAACUUCAUUCGACAACAUUACUUCCUCUGUACAGUAGUCGAUAACGACUUUGUUGCUGGCGAUUUGUUCUCUAAAUUGACGAAGAUUUGCACUCCGAUACCCUGGGAGACGCUGAGAAUUGAGAACCCUUCUGAGUCUGACGGCCAUGAGGUGCCCGAGCCGUCCUUGGCCGUCAUAGCAGAGGUCUACUCUCCACGACCCAAGCCAAGUGACUGUUCCCCUCGACGCGAUGCGAACGAUGGUAUCACAGCAUUCGCACCGCUUUAGAUAUCUCGAGCACGUCAUUGAGUUUGUGAACGUUUAUGAUGGAGUGAAUAUCUUUUCCUG